UGCGUUACACCACCUGCCAUGGCUCCAACGAUGACGAGCUCGAAGAUAUCGCCGUCGUGUCCAACCCUGACCCGGACCAGGUCAAGUACGGCUACGGCCAAAUCACCGCCAACGGUCCCCGGGUCAUUCCAGGUGCGGUGGCGUUGUGGUUGUAGACCCGGGCUCUUGAUCCAGCGAUCCCGGGUUCAAAUCGCCAAUAAUAAGGGAUCAUCACGACACAUCGGAUGAGCAUGUCAGGGAGCCGCCUCAACACAGGCUCCCCUGUGUACAUCGAGAAGCCUCAGGGGUCCCUCAAAGGGAAGUCUGUGUCGCGGCAAUCCCUGCUGGAGAUGGUCUCCUCCAAGAUCAGCAUCGGCAGCCGCAAACGCUUCUCUAGAGAAUCCUUCUCAGCAUCCUACGUCAACCGGGCGCACGUAGCUUCCGAGCUAGAUAUUAGUCGUAAGACCAGAGAGGCCCGUAAAAAGGAGAUCAAGAGCCGCUUCAGUAAAGUGGAAAAAUGGGAGUCCAGCACGAGUAGCUCGGAAAAGAAAACGGGUUGUAGGUGGACAUUCGUGUUCGACCCAGCGGGGAGACUGUGUUAUUAUUGGUCGAUGGUUGUUUCCUUAGCGUUUUUGUACAAUCUGUGGGUCAUGGUGUACCGCUUCGCCUUCCAGGAAAUCACCAGAGGCACUAUACUCGUUUGGUUUUGUUUGGACUAUUUUGCGGAUCUCAUAUAUAUUUUAGACAUAUUGUUUCACUUCCGCACGGGGUACCUGGAAGAUGGAGUGUUGCAGACUGACUCACGCAAGUUGAGACAACACUACAUGAACUCAACAACAUUUUACGUUGACUGUUUAUGCCUGUUACCGUUAGAUUUCUUGUAUUUAUCCAUAAACUUCAAAUCCAUACUGAGAUGUUUUCGGCUAGUGAAGAUAUACAAAUACUGGCACUUCCUAGACAGGACGGAGAGACACACGAACUCUCCCAAUCUGUUCCGUUCAAUCAGCCUCAUUCACUACCUACUGGUGAUAUUUCACUGGAACGCUUGCCUCUUCUACAUUAUUGCCAAGAACGACGGCUUCAGUUUCAAGCCCGAUUUCGUGCACUCGAGCAAUGCGUCUGACGACGUGGUAUUGGAAUACCUCAAGGUGUUCUACUGGUGCACCCUUAGUCUCACCACUAUAGGCGGUAACCCCAUCCACGACGACGCCAUCAACAAGACACACACCUUGGAGGCCCUCAACACCCGUACCAAGACAGACUACCUAUACCAGAUCACACAACUCAUGUUCGGCCUUCUCCUCUUCGCCACUGUCCUCGGUCACAUAGCCAACAUCGUUACUAACGUUUCCGCUGCCAGGAAGGAGUUUCAAGGUAAGUUCCUUUCCAUUUCUUUUAGUAUCUGACCAGAAAAUUAAUUUAAGUACCUCACUGUAAGAUACCCGCAUAAUCAAUGGGUGAACUGUAUUUAUCAAUGCGUAUUUCACAAGUAUGGGGAAUAAUAAAGAAAAAUCUACCUAAAUUCUUGACAGUAACAUGAUGCAUUGAACAUCUUAUUGGUAAAAAUUGUGCCAUCCACUCCUGGGGUUAAAUAACUUUUUUAUUUUAACACAUCAAUUUUACAAGCUACCAGCUAUUAUCUUACCUCAGCUCAUAUCAAAGCCCAGCCCCAUUAAGAUGUACUACCACUCCCAGGAUGCGACACACAACAAUCGA